AUGGACACGGACGGCUUGACUUGGACCGUUCUUGGAGAUGAGGUCCAGAGCUCUCUAGGCGACGUGAAGGAAACUGUGGGCCCAACCGACACAUACCUCUAUGUUGUCCUGGCAGUGCUCCUGCUACUGGCGCUCAUCCUCGGCCCGCGAUUCGUCUUGCAAAGCCUGUCACGCAGAGCAGGCCAAGCGACCCGAGUCGUCGAGUGCGGCUCCUGUCACCACCGGCAGUAUGUUCAGGCCAACAUCUCCUCCUUCGUCUGCGAAGGUUGUCGCAGAACCAAUCACGUCUCCUGCUGGGUCAAGCCCGAGGAUUUGCUCUACUGUGCAAGCGGGCCCAUCAAGUUCUUUCAGUUCCAGAAGGCCGGCAGAGCCUUCUGGCGGGAAGUCUCAGAGAGAGAAUCUGAGCCGGCUCCAGGGGUGCGAGACCCCACGAACGAGCCCUCGCCCGCGCAGACAGAUCUUGACCCUGAGAGCCUCAGCAACCUGGGAGAGGAGUCCGUUGUGCCACGCUGCGUGGUCUGUCUCGACGAGCCAGGAUGCAUGGUGCUUUUACCGUGUUCGCACGGCGCCGUCUGUGAAGCCUGCGUCACCAAGAUCGUUCAGAACCAAGCCUGUGGUGGUGCCCACUGCCCUCACUGCAGAUCUAACAUAGGUACCGUUGUGAAGUUGCGAGACUUCAAAGGUGAUAUGGCAUCUGGCAUGGAGUUGCGUAUACCGAUGGCGAGGCCAUGA